AUGCUUCCCCUAUUGCCCCGUGAUCAACCUUUCAUUUGCUGCUACACUCUCCUCGCUUUAGGUGCCGUGUUGUUUUUAACAUGUCAAAUAGUGAAGACGAUGAAGUACCAAAGAAGAGAAUCAACCGCUGGUAUUCCUCCGGGGAGUCUAGGAUUGCCGUUGAUUGGAGAGACCCUGCAGUUCAUGGCUUCAAUCAACAGUGGCAAAGGCUUCUAUGACUUCGUCCGAGUCCGCCGUCUCCGGUACGGGAGCUGCUUCAGGACGAAUCUGUUCGGGGAGACGCAUGUUUUUGUGUCGAGCACGGAAUCUGCCAAGGCGAUCUUAAACAAUGACGGGGGGAAAUUCACGAAGAGAUACAUAAAGUCAAUCGCGGAGCUGGUGGGAGAUCAAAGCCUUCUGUGCGCGGCUCACCAACAUCACAAGCUCAUCCGUAGCCGGCUCGCCAAUUUGUUCUCAACAACCUCUGUUUCAGUCAUCAUCAAACACUUUGAUGAGCUGGUUGUCGAAACUCUUAGCCGCUGGGAACAUCGAAGCACUGUCGUCGUACUCGAUGAAGCACUUGAGAUAACUUGCAAAGCAAUGUGCAAAAUGCUGUUAAGUCUAGAGAGCGGGCAUGAAGUAGAGAUUUUGCAAAAGGAGGUUGCUCAAGUCUGUGAAGCAAUGCUUGCAUUCCCGUUGAGGUUACCUGGGACAAGAUUCUAUAAAGGCCUUCAGGCCAGAAAAAGAAUAAUUAACCUACUGGAAAAGGCAAUUAGUGGAAGAAGAAGAAGUGGCACAGAAGCUUAUCAUGAAGAUUUUCUACAACACAUGUUGAUGGAGGAUGAUACAGCAUCUAGUGAUGAAGCUCCAAGGCUAACAGAUGCAGAGAUUAAAGAUAACAUCUUAACCAUGAUUAUUGCAGGUCAGGAUACAACAGCAAGUGCAAUCACAUGGAUGGUCAAAUUCCUGGAUGAGAACCAAGAGGUCCUUGAGACACUUAGAAAUGAACAAUUGCACGUGGCAAAAAAGACUUCGCAUAAGUCAUAUCUUUCACUAGAAGAUCUUAGUGAGAUGCCUUAUGCUUCUAAGGUUGUGAAAGAAUCCUUAAGAAUGGCAUCCGUAGUACCAUGGUUCCCAAGACAAGCCCUCCAAGACUGUGAGAUUGAAGGAUUUAAGAUCAAGAGAGGGUGGAACGUUAAUAUUGAUGCUAGAUCGAUACACGUGGAUCCUGUGGUGUACAAUGAUCCAAACAAGUUCAAUCCUCCAAGAUUCGACGAUGAGUCAAAGCCAUACAGCUUCUUAGCUUUCGGGAUGGGAGGGAGAACUUGCCUUGGGAUCAACAUGGCCAAAGCCAUGAUGCUAGUCUUUCUCCACCGUCUCAUCAUCACAUACAGGUGGAAGGUGAUCGACCCAGACAAAAGAAUAGAAAAAUGGGCGCUUUUUUCAAGAUUAAAAAGCGGCUGUCCGGUGCAUGUGACAAAAAUCAGCGAGAAUAUUGCAUCUGAUUCAAUUCACAGAGGAUGAGAAGAUUCUUUGAUGUGUGAGAUUUAAAUGUAUGCAUAUAAAUGACUGGGGUCGUUUUUUAUUUAAAUAGUAAUAACGAAUAAUUGAUAUGAUGUAAAAACUAAGAGAAUAUUAAAAAAAUGAAAGAGUGGGAUGAAUAGUAUUGUGCUGAAAUCAUGUCAAAACCGUUUAUCAAACGGAUACGGACCCUAGUUUGUAGCAUUAUUCCGGUGUAAUAUUAAAUGCAAGCAUGAAGAACUCAAGAAGCAUAAAGACUCUCAGCAGUGAGGCAUCUAGACAACAAACGUGGAGACAAAUAUUUGUUUUGAUUAAGCUUUGUUGCAAUAUCAGGUUCCAACAUAUGGAUUAUACUUCUCAUUUUGAAGGCUCAUGCUAUUGUUUAUGAUGUUGAC